CCGAACGCUUUUACCCCCCCUUCCAGUCCCGAACGCUUUUACCCCCCCUUCCAGUCCCGAACGCUUUUACCCCCCCUUCCAGUCCCGAACGCUUUUACCCCCCCCCUUCCAGUCCCGAACGCUUUUACCCCCCCUUCCAGUCCGGAUACUUUUACCCCCUUCCAGUCCGGACACUUUCCCCCCUUCCAGUCCGGACACUUUCACCCCCCUUCCAGUCCGGACACUUUCACCCCCCUUCCAGUCCGGACACUUUCACCCCCCUUCCAGUCCGGACACUUUCACCCCCCUUCCAGUCCGGACACUUUCACCCCCCUUCCAGUCCGGACACUUUCACCCCCCUUCCAGUCCGGACACUUUCACCCCCCUUCCAGUCCGGACACUUUCACCCCCUUCCUCUCCGGACACUUUCACCCCCUUCCUGUCCGGACACUUUCACCCCCUUCCUCUCCGGACACUUUCACCCCCUUCCUGUCCGGACACUUUCACCCCCUUCCUGUCCGGACACUUUCACCCCUUUCCUCUCCGGACACUUUCACCCCCCUUCCUGUCCGGACACUUUCACCCCCUUCCUGUCCGGACACUUUCACCCCUUUCCUCUCCGGACACUUUCACCCCCCUUCCAGUCCGGACACUUUCACCCCCCUUCCUGUCCAGGCCAAUUUUCAGCUUUCAGCACUAUCACACUUUGAAUGA